GGCUGGGGAUUUAGCUCAGUGGUAGAGCGCUUACCUAGGAAGCGCAAGGCCCUGGGUUCGGUCCCCAGCUCCGAAAAAAAAAGAACCAAAAAAAAAAAAAAAAAAAAAAAAAAAAAAUUCCUUCCUAGCCAGGAUUAACCGUGGACUACGAGUCCCAAAAUGCAUCGCGGCCUGACCAGGAAGUGGCUGAGGCCCCAUUGGUGGUUGCUGUGGUCACCUGGAAGAACUUCCUCCUCGCGAACCCUGGAGCUCUCCUAUGGAGUCAUGCGUCCUGACCAGGCUACGAUCUGGUACCGGCGGAUGUCUAUUGUCUAUGCACUAGGCGCCUGGUCGGUGCUGGGCUCGGCGAUUUUCCUUACACGAAAACCGAAGAUGUCAGGUAGGAUUCUCCGGCAAGAUCGGCCUCGCAGCCGCCGCUUCCUGACUGUUUUCCCGACUAUGGGGAAAAUGAAGAGGAUGACUCAAGCAAUGAAAUGCCUUUUUCUACAAGUGAAGACUCUGAUUUAGCGAUGGAAAGGGCUGAGCCUAUUAAAGGGUUUUAUACGAAGACAAUUGUAAAGUAUUCAGAAAAUUCUGUUCCAGUUACUCAGAGGAUCCUGAACUAUCUGAACUCAUGGACUGGUGGGCCUGGCCCUCAAUCAUGAACAGCUGCUGCAUCCUGAAAACAAGGACUUGGCUCAGUGUUUGAUAGAUGCCUUGAUUUCCAUUUCAUGUUUGUGGAAAGAGUAUUUAAUUUUACUUUAUAAAAUAUAAGCGUUAA